AUGUCAAUCUCAGGAGGAUAUACAGAUGCUCACCCAACGGACGACGAGAUGUUCAAGCGCAGAUACGUCGCUAUACAAGAUGUGAUCAACGAAUUGGAAGAUGAGAACAACCUGAUAGCUUAUCGAAUAGCCAAAAUGCGUAAAGAUCGAAUAGACAAAGAAGUAGCUGUUCAGAAGCAGCAGCAGCAGCUCCAAAAAGAGAAAGAACGUAAAAAUGCAAAACAAUCUAAAUCUACAUCAAAGGCCAAACCAAAAUCGAAAACUCAGAUCAAGUCUGAAGUUGAAACCGAAGUCGAGUCUGAGACCAACGAGAGGGAGGUUGAUAUCGUAGAUGUGGAUGUGGAAGGGAACAAGAAUGAGUUGGAACAACGGAAUGAAGAUGUUCAAGUUGAGGAAAUUGGAAAGAAGGGUGAUAUCGUCAAUGAUCAGCAGAGAUCAUCAAUUCCACAGGAUCUAGAUCAGGAUCAGAAUCAAAAUCACAAAUCAUCUUCUCCUAUAUCGCACGAAAACAGCAAAGGAACUGGAGAUAUAGAGUCUCUAAGAGAGGAGGACGAAGAUGUAGAGAUGGAUGAUUAUUAG